GGUCUGACAGCAGGUCCGGUUUUACCUCUGCUUUUUUUAUUCCUCCCUGCCUGCUCGUUUUCUUUCUGUUAAAAGCGCCCCAGCCUGCCGUGCGUGCGUAUUUAUUUAUCAAUGCGUCCUCUUUGAAAGUAUUUAGGUUUUUACAUUUUAUUCUUAACUCAAAUGAGAAGACGUAAAAGAUGGAGCUUCACAUUUUAGAGCACAGCUUGAAAGUGGCGAGUAUAGAAAAAGAGGGGAUCCAGAUUUGCACUCACGGAUUAAUAAAACUCGCCUUCCUGACCUCCAAAACAAGGUGCAAGUUUUUCAGUCUGACAGAGACUCCAGAGGAUUACACCAUCAUCGUCGAUGAGGAAGGCUUCAAAGAGCUGCCCCAGUCGGAGCACAUCAGCGUUGCAGACGCCACGUGGUUGGCCCUCAACGUGGUGUCGGGUGGCGGUAGCGCUUCCAGUUCGCAACCCAUUGGAGUCACCAAAAUUGCCAAAUCAGUCAUUGCACCGCUGGCCGACCACAACAUCUCCGUUUUCAUGCUGUCCACGUAUCAGACGGACUUCAUCCUGGUUCGAGAGCGAGACCUACCCAUGGUCAUGCACACGCUGUCUUCCGAGUUUACUUUGCUUCGAGUGGUCAAUGGAGAAACUGUCGCUGCUCACAAUCUGGGAGUCACCAAUGGUUUUGUAAAGCCAAAACUUGUUCCACGUCCCAUCAUUCAUCCCUUAUCAAGUCCCAGUAACAUGUUUUGUGUGACCAGUCUGGACCCAGACACACUGCCCUCUGUAGCUACCCUGCUCAUGGACGUCAUGUUCUACUCUGGCGGGCCCAAAGAUCCCGGAGCAUCCAGCGAGGAUUCUAGCCACAUCCGCUUCUUCUCCUUCUCCCUGAUUGAGGGCUACAUCUCUCUGGUCAUGGAUGAACAGACGGCUCAAAGGUUUCCAAACAACGUGCUCUUCACCAGCGCCUCUGGUGAGCUCUGGAAAAUGGUUAGAAUCGGGGGACAACCUUUAGGAUUUGACGAGUGUGGCAUCGUGGCUCAGAUAUCAGAGCCUCUGGCAACAGCUGACAUUCCAGCUUACUACAUUAGUACCUUCAAGUUCGACCAUGCCCUGGUUCCUGAAGAAAACAUCCAAAGCGUGAUCGGAGCUCUGCGGCCCGAGAGCACGGCGCCGUGAAGGAGGCUGGCUGACACCACAAGAACGACCAUUUCCAAAGUCAUUUCGUUCCGGCUUUAUCAUGUCCAAAAAGUGCCAAGAGCUUGUUAGCGAACUACCGUGGACGGGCUCUGGGAGGAGGGCGGGAGGAGUGUGACAGUGUGUUAAGGAUGCCUUUGUUACUCAGUCAUUUUCUUUACAACCCCACCCGUUUCCUCCGCCAGCGCUCGCGGCCUCUGCUGCCUGCUGGCAGUUCUUGCUUUAGUUUACCAAACCGUAAAUGUUUUUUUUCCUCUCUGAAGCUGCUUCUUCCCACUCCCUGACCCCCAUGAGCACCAUACUGUAUUAGUUACAUAUUUCCUGUCCAGGAAGGAUGACGAAUGUACUCUGAAAAGAAUAUUCUAUAUAUUUAUCAAACUCUCCAUGGUUUUUUCCACAGGUCAGUUUCUCAGUGCCAAGAUGUUUGAAUGCCUAAACCGAUGCCUUUGUCAGGAUGCCAUACAUGUGAGAUUGAAGGAGGCAGUUAUGGAGACAGUCAGCCUUUUUUUUUUUUUUUUUUUUUUAUGUUUUUUUGGCUUUUAGUCGCCUGAUUGUUGGGGUCCCUCAGACACAAAAGUCUAAAUCAGAAGCGUGAUCUGGUGAAGCAUGAAGUGAAUCUGAGUUCUACUUGUAUGUGUGUGUGUGUGUGUGUGUGUGUGUGUGUGUGUGUGGGUCACACUGUGAGCAACCUGGAUGUUGAAUCACUCUGAACAAAAACACAAUAUUUAGUUGUUUUUUUUUUUUAUUAGCAUUAAUAAAAAUCUGGGGGACUUAAAUUAUAUUAAUAUUUCAUCACUGAAUUAAUUUUAAAGUCAAAACAAAACAAAAAGAUGUUUAAUCCUCUUAAUGGAGGCUUGGUAACCAUGGUGAACCCCUUACUUUUCUCCUCCAGUAGCGCCACUAUCAGGUGAUGAUUUGGUUCUGCGUCUUUAAAAUUAGCUUGGUAGCUUUAAAACUGGGUGUAAAUCACAAGUUUUGUUAUGAUUUGAUGUCAUAUUGAUUCAGUGGGUAAAUGAUAUAACAGAUGUUAAAGAAAAACACAUAUUCUGGCUCAAUAUGAUUUGAUACGAGAAACCAUCACCGAAAUUAACUAAAUGCUGAAAAUAUCAUUUUAUUUUUAAACUGGAUCAGACAUACAUCCAUCAUCUACACAUGUUCCAAUCCAGGGUCGAGGUAUCUUCACACCCCUACUGUUACUCCCCCUUUUUGGUUCUUGCCUGCAUCAUAAAAUUAUUUGUAAUUUCCCUCUGGCAUUAACAAAGUACACUACCAGUCAAAAGUUUGGACACAUUUAGCCAGUGUGUUUUUUUUUGGAAAAGUCUGCACGGUGGU